AUGUUAACAGGUGCUCCAAUAUCCAAUGAUCCAGAACUUAAGCAUUUAGAAUCUGACAUAUUUUCAACCAAUUCGCCAGAAAAAGGAAAUGGCAACAUUAGUAGUGACUGCUCUAGUGCUGAUGAGAUAGUUUGCGAUUCCACAAGUUCCUUUAAUUUGACGUCAGAUGGUGGAAAGCAUAUUCUUGGAAUCGUCUGCAAUGCACUUAGUUGCCUUUUCAAUUUAUGCCAGCCGCUUGAAGUAUCCUCUCCACUGACGAAUAGGCCUUCAAACGCUAGUGGUGUUCUCUCAGAAAGUGACUGGAGAUUCCGCCACUGUACCCUGUUGACGGAGGCUGUCCUUUGUCAACUGGCUGACUGCGCUUUUUCUCUGGCAACUUUCGUAGACAAAUAUGGAUGUGGUUUCGCAAGCCAUUCUGAAUCUGAGGGAGUCCUCCGUCCAGACUUUCUCCGACGCCUAACCCAGCUAUAUCCCGACUCUAAGUGGUUGAAUUCAAAGGGUCACCCAAUUGACUUUACAUACACUUGCUAUAUGGACCCUCUUCUUGAUGCCGAACUCGAUGAGAUGGCAUAUUUAGGACCUUGCAAAACCGGUUAG